CCAAAAUGGCGGUAAUUGCGGUUGCACACGAGGCUUAAAAAGAGACAGAAAUAAUGCUAGAUUCCAACGAAGAAUUCUUUCUUAGCUCAUAAUUUUCGGUCGUAAUCCAUUGAAAUGACUUCCAUUGAAAUAUCUAAUCGUGGGCUAUGGCACAUUAUAACCGGACGAUCUUCCUUGCAAGAGCCUGAUCAGAUAGGAGAAGAACUUAAACAGAAGAAGGAUCGUUUACUGCUAGGAACUGCUGACUAUAAAGAACCAAGUCCUCAGUCUGCUGAAGCUCUUCGAAAGUCACCAAAUAUUAAACCAAAACGAAAGGAAUUUGUUUUGAAACUUAGUAAAUUUUUGAAUCUUGAUGAAUGGAAGAGUUUACAGUUGUUUGGCAGCUACUUGGAGAAUGACUUUAGAGGCUCUAAACAACAGCUCCUGGAAAUGUUGAAAAAUGAAGCUCAAACAGAGGCACUUUUGCUGAAGAUCAUGGAGUACUACUUUGAAGAACGUUUACACAUCUUACAGUGCACUAAGUUUUUGUUGAGCUACUGGCAAGACCCUAGACAUCGAUGGCGAGAAGAAUUUGCAGAGUGCAUUGAAGCUAUGCAGGAAAAUGAUGUUUUGAUUAUGAAGAUUUUGGAACAGUACAAGACUUGUUGUUCUACCACAGUUCCUCUUCAUGCUACUGCAGGAUCAUCACUUCAUCUGAAGACAAAAUGUCAGCGAUGGGCCUUACAGUUUUUAAGAGAACAGAUACUGCUUCUGGAAAUCAUGUUCCUCUAUUAUAAGGAAUUUGUUGUUCCAGCCAAGUCCCUGCUAGACUUAGCAAAACUAUUUCAGAGCCAGAGUUUUGGAUUGAAGCAAGUCAAUAGACAGCUUUUUGAAGGACAGGCUGAGGUCUUACUUCCUCAUAUCAGUUACCUGCAGGUGUUGGUUCUCAUAGUUUCACUUGACUUAGAGAGUUUAAGGAAAUUAAUAGAAGAAGACAGCUGUUCACGACAUCAUUUACUCCAGGAGAAAGCCUCACUUGAGGCUCUAGAUAAGUUUUUUCUUAGCUGCGGAGAUCAGCCUCACCAUGGACCUGUCAUGUUGGCCUGGGCAGCAUUCAGAUAUGUUACUAUAGAUGCCAGUCAAGAACAGUUUGUAAGAAGAAUUGGUGGUAAAGCAUUGCAAUGUUCUGUGUUCAAAUAUUUACUUGGAAUGUUAAGAAGUGAGGAAUUCUCUACAAAUGAUGUUGUGUCUAACACUUGCAAGAGCCUUAUAUAUGGACUGAUGGUGAUAGUGCUGGCACUGUUUGAUGAGGAUACACUGGGAGAACUACCACUGUUGGUCUCUGUUUUGUCACAAACUCUUACUGAGAAAGGUCUUUGUGUGGAUUUCUGGGAUUCGGACUUGAAUACAGGUGCUGGUCUCCUUUUGAAUUCAGCCAGAAGUUGGUUUCCACUCCAGUUUUGUCCAUUUGUGCAACUUCUGAAAUCCCUAGCUGGUGACGAGGAUUCUGCAGCCAAGGUUUAUGACUAUUUGGACAGAGUGACAUCAUACACUGAGUUGCUGAGAGAAAACCAGCUGAGUGACAUAGACUGUUCUGGUGUUAAUAAGAUCUGGAGGAUUGUUAAUCCAAGACUCCUCUAUCAGAAUUUGUUUAGUCCAGAUUCAAAAGAACUCAUUAUGCCUGCUGGCACAUGUGGAAAAGUUGCUCCUGUACCUGAAGGACCUGCUAUAAUACAAUGGAGUUAUCACUAUUCCUGCUGGAAACUUUUUGCAUUGGAAAUUGAUUCAUUCCUUGAAUCUGUGGGAUCUGGAGCAGCUGUGGAUUGUCAAAAUGUCAUUUGUAUUGUGGAGUUAGUCAACGAGGUCCUACUCAAUGACUGGGGCAAGGCUGUUCAUCUCCAGCCUCUCUCUUCCCGUCUGUAUCUGAUUAUUCAGAGGUGUACACCAUCACCAAACCCUCCCCAAGAUUUGAUUGCCACAUGUUUGACAUGCUUAGCUACUGUUGCUUUGAGAGAUCCAGAACAGGUGUGGCAUCAUCUUCAACAGACAGGGUUCCUUCCUCAUUACACUUCAGUCAAAAUGUCGAAGUCAGACAAAACCAAAGUGGAGUUCCUUGGCACAGCACCAGGAAACUUUGGUGCAAUUUUAAGCACUAAAGAGAGGCCGAUUGGUUAUUACCCUGUCACCAUGGCAACAUUGAAUUUUCUUUUGAAGCUGAUUCAUGGAAUGAGUAAUGCUGAGGAAACUGGAAAUCAGGCAAUUAGUAUUGUCGAGCUUGCUGCCUGUCUAGUUUUCAUAAUGAGAGAGGUGUUCACAGGAUUUUACAAAUGGAGAUUUGGUAGCCUGAGGGACAGAGAAGAAAUUGGGAAGAGAUGUCUUCAGUUGUUCAAUGUUGUUCUUGGCCUUCACUUCACAAAAAAAAUGGCUGAUCAAGCCAGUGAUGCAAUGGAAGCUGAAGUCACAGAUUUGCCAUGGACUCCAUCAGUUUUACAGGACACCUUAGUUCUUGGUUUGUUGUACUCAGAAGCUGGACAGUCACUACUCAACAUUCUUGGCACAGGGGUGGAUACUGUUGAUAAACUUGUGUCUGUGGGAAGUAGUUCUACAGGUGGAUAUGCCAUAGCCCUUGUUGAACUUAUCAAGUUGGCAUUUUCUGUGCUGAACAGACUCUUGGCUAGAAAAGAAAAGGAUGAUAACAUCUCUCCUCUGGAAGAAGCACUGACAACACAAGUGAUUCAUCAACUGAGGGAUAAAGGAGCAAGUUCUUCCACAAGCUGGGGUAAUAACCAACUCGUGACUGUCAUAGCGUCAUAUAUACAUCACAGACUGGACUGUCAGCUACCAACCCUGGCAACACUCUUGCUGAAGAGAAUAUGCUUGGUGGCUCCUAUGUCAAUGCAUGCAAGUUUUGGUGCUGAGGCUGUUUCUCUGAGAGACGCUUUUGUGUCAAGAUUAAGGACUCUUACUGAGGAUAUCAAACUCAAAGCAGUUAUACUGGAGUUUAUAGCAACAGCUGUUGAAACACAACCUGGACUGAUUGAGCUCUUUCUUGAUUUGACGAAUAAAGAUGACAAGGAAUUUGUCAUUGGACAGAAUAGCUGUCUUCAUGCAGUUUUAGAUAUUAUAGACCCUGAGAAACAGGCAGGUCACUACAUUCCUGCUGAGCUAGUUUCAGCAGCAUUCUUUUUACUUCACUCUCUGUGGCAUGAUAGAAGGGAUGCUGCUCUUAUGGCAGUAAGAAUGAGUCCAAAGUUUUGGGAGAAGUUAACUCAGCCAUUGAUAACAGGAAUAGAAUCAGAUGUAGAUGAGGAUUACAGAUAUCACAUGGAAAUAAGUUGUUAUGCCAUGCAGAUAAUUGCAUUAGAAGCUUACUAUGUCUCAAGAGGUCAAAUUGACGACAGUCUGAAGACAUCCAUGAAAGCUUUCUGUUCGGAGAACAGAUAUCAGUACUGGGGUCAGUUCCUCAAGUCUUUGGAUCAAUCUAUGGACGAUGAUCAAGAAAAACAGUUUGAGGAAGAAAAACUCAAACUGCUCAAAGCCUGGAGAACAUAUUUAGUUGUUUGUUCUUCUUUUCAGAAUGAGAUAUUUGGUCUAAACGAUACUCGUCGAAGAAGAUUAAUCUUGGAGGAUACUCUUCAGGCGCUCAAGUCCCAGGUUUCCAGAGUUGUAGCCGUAGAGAGUAUAAAUGCGUCUGUUGAACUGAGUAGUCUUUAUCUGAUGCUGCUCAAGAGGUGGAAGAGCUGUCUUCGGGAUCCCAAUCCAGUGUUCCAGUGCUUGGUGGAUGUCAUUGACACUGCGCACAAGAAUGACACACAGUUAUUUGUCCAUAUCCGUGUGGCCAUGUUCUCGUCCUUCUCAGUUCUGCUUCAGUACGCCAGGACUGAAAACUUAUCCGACACGUUACUGAGCAGUCAUGCGUUGGUUCUUUUACCGCUGGCUUGUGAACCACUGGAAUACUUAAGAGGAAGAUUCUCGAGCGAACAGAAGCAACAAGACAGGGUUCUUGAACUGUCUGUGUUCAUCAUCGAUGAAAUUCUGAACAUACUGCUCGCCAACCCUGGUCAGUGGCUUCCUGUGUUGAGAGAGCAUGCGCUGUUUGCGUCUCUUGUUCAGGCCCUGGAUGUGUGUAUUAAGACGCACGAGAAAGUGGAAUUCACCGAAGCCAUUCUUCACUUGUUCCUGUCGCUGUCAAGAAUACCAAUGAGUGCUGAGGCCCUGGCCAUGAACAGUAUAUCCCAACCACUUUGCCUAGGAUUGGCAUCGCUGACUUACUCUGAAGGCACACCACAGACUUCUCGGCCCAAAUCUGGUCCCCAGUCUCAGAUAUCCUCUCACAACUCGGACAAAAGUAGCCAACGAAGCUGGGAUAAAGUGUGGAAGCUUUCCCUCGCUGUGAUGGCGUCCAUGCUGCGCACACUCAGACAUGGUUUUCUCAAAGAUGCUCUAGACUUUGCAGGAGUACACAGAGAAAGACUCGCAGAGGCCCUGAACUCUGUGAGCCGGUCUCAGUCUUCAGACGUUUUGGCGGAAGCAGAGGAAGUGACUGCUUUCUUACUGGAACUUGCUCAUUUUUUUCACGAAUGGAGAUUCACUCUGCCAGAUGUGUUAAUACUACUUCAGAGCCGUAUUGGUGUUCUUUGCCAAAGUUGCAUAGCUCUGCUGACUCACCCAAGAUUGCUUGCUCAUUUACUUGAGGUGUCCAAAGGGCGUGCAAGCUCAAGUGCACACGGGAAAGCCUCGACACCAGAUGUGCAGCUCUCGCUGAGCCAAACCUUCUCCAGAGAAAUGCUCAGAACAUACUCAUACGCAGAUGAUGACUCUUUUAGAAACAGCCCUCUUGUCUCUCAAACUCAGUCACAGUUGUUGAAGAUUCUCUGCAACUCACUGGCGAUGCUGCGGCAAUUUACUCCGGACAUUUGUGGUAUUCUCAUAGAUCAGGGUAUGGAUCUUGAGGAAUUCCCCCCGCUGCUUUCUCUCGGGUUCAGUUCCCCGACUGUGGACACUGAAGAGCCGUUGUCGUUUGGUACUCUCUUGGCCUGCCUCAAUAUGGCCCUCUCCAAUCUUGGCCCAGCUGACCUGAAGUCACCUGUGAAAUCACCAGUCCGAACUCUGUCGGAGUCAUUACCGAGAUCUCUUCUGAUGUUCACUAUGGAGAAUGCGUUGAUCAUCGCUCUAUCUCAGGCUUGUCGAUACUUGCGGGAUCCCGGACUGGACCUGCGGGUCAAGCAAUUUCUAAAGAGAGAGCUUGGUAGUGAACUGGGUAAUUUUCUUGGAGGUCUCUUCCGCCACUUUGCCAGACGUGGUCUUCCACCAUCACCAGCGGGCACUCAGACCAGUCCCAGCAGCGCAGCAAGGAGGACACCGACUAAGGCUCUGGCUUUCACCGAAGCACCUGAACAGAAGUUCUUUAAACUGGCUGAUACCUUUGUGAAGCAAGUUUUAAGAUAAACAUUACAUGCACGCACUGUGAAAAGAUCGGAUCUUAACCUUUAGUGAAUCUCAAGGUGUGAGUUUUCACGAGUUGUUCCCUAUUUGGUAUCCGAAUGAGAGCAAUUUACAAUAGAAGCCACCCCUAUGAAGCUAACUUUUUACCAAGGUGGGAUUGAUUCAGACAAGUUACCAGAAUAGUUUACAUUUUCGGUGAUAUGGUUGCUUUAAGAAUACACAACCACAAUCUCAAGCGAGGCAACCAGUCGGGAACAAAGGUCUCCGUGAAAUAGGUGUACGACACUCUUCAGAUCUGAUGAGGUUUUGUGUGAGCUGUCAAGGAAGAGGUUUUCUAAAGCACCAGCCUAUUGCUCACCGUGAAGUAGGGCAAUAAGUUAUUCAGAUCCAACUUUGAAUGGGUAUUGAGUAACGUCAAGUGCAGCCUGAAGAAUUUUAGUAAUGCGUAAACCAAAUUUAAUUUUUUUUAUUUCUUCUUUCUGCUUCAAGAGCAUCAAUUUUGUGGUUAAAAAUGGGUGCGCCAAUCGUGGGUUGUGUAGCUCUAAUUCCGCUAUUUGUUAACUUAAGUACAUAAGUAAGAUUGUUUACGUAAAACUGUAUUCAUUUGUAAAUAAAUGUUUUCUUUCCUUCCUAAUACUGAUUAAAAUUGCGUCUUCAGUUUUUCAUAA